CCGCUGGGAACUCCCCCAAUUUCAAAAUCUCUCUCGCCAACGGCUACAUCUUCUCUUUCCUCUCUCUCUCUCUACCUCUUCUCUCGCUGCUUUGUCUCCUUCCUCAAACCCUAGCUCUCGUUCAGAGACGCCCGCGACCCUUCUCUCUCUGUCUCUUCUGUCUCUCUCUCUCUGUGUUGCACUUCGCCGAUGAAGCACUUCAUGUUGCCCAAAGGCGCGGCCGUGUUCAGAGAAGCGCAAGCACCGCCUGCCUACGAUUCACCGCCGCCGAAGAGCAAGUCGUCGUCGAAGAAGUCGAGCCGGUGCAAGGAGAACACUCCGCCGCCGGAUCCGAACUCCAUGGGCUCGGACAAGAGGGCCUCGCCGGCGGCCGCCGCGAAGGCGCGGUUUCCGCUGCCUCCGCGGCCGCCCUCGUCUAAUCCGCUGAAGAGGAAGCUCAGCGUGGAGGCGGUCGCGGAGAAUGCCCUAGCUGGAGCUUCCGAUACUGGCGUGAAGGUCGUAGUAAGGAUGCGACCACUAAACCAUGAUGAAGAAGAGGGAGAGAUGAUAGUGCAAAAUGUGUCUACUGACUCUGUUUCAAUUAAUGGUCAAACAUUCACAUUUGAUGCUGUAGCUGAUGCCGAGGCAUCACAGCUCGAUAUUUUUGAGCUUGUAGGCGCCCCUCUUGUUGAAAAUUGCUUGGCCGGAUUUAACAGUUCCAUAUUUGCUUAUGGCCAGACUGGAAGUGGGAAAACUUACACAAUGUGGGGUCCAGCACAGGCAUUACUGGAAGAUAAGUUGUCGAACCAACAAGGCUUAACUCCUCGUAUUCUUGAGUGCCUCUUUGCCCGUAUAAAUGAGGAACAAAUUAAGCAUGCUGACAAACAGCUUAAAUAUCAAUGUCGCUGUUCAUUUCUCGAGAUCUAUAAUGAACAGAUUACUGAUUUACUGGAUCCAAAUCAGCGAAAUCUUCAGAUUAGAGAAGAUGUCAAAUCUGGUGUAUACGUCGAGAACCUCUCUGAGGAAAGCGUGUGCACUAUGAAGGAUGUGAACCAACUCUUGCUACGGGGACUGUCAAACAGGAGAACUGGUGCUACCAGCAUAAAUGCAGAGAGUUCUCGCUCACACAGUGUCUUUACUUUCAUAAUUGAAUCCCGAUGCAAGAGCAUGGCUGAUGGAAUUAGCAGUUUCAAAACAAGUAGAAUUAAUCUGGUCGAUCUGGCUGGAUCGGAAAGGCAGAAGUUGACAGGAGCUGCAGGAGAACGGCUAAAGGAAGCUGGGAAUAUAAAUCGCUCACUCUCACAGCUUGGAAAUUUGAUAAACAUUCUUGCUGAAAUCUCGCAAACUGGGAAGCAAAGGCAUAUUCCAUACAGAGACUCCAAGUUGACGUUCUUGUUGCAGGAAUCUCUUGGUGGAAAUGCAAAGCUAGCAAUGGUUUGCGCUAUCUCUCCUGCACAAAGCUGCAAGAGCGAGACCUUUAGUACUAUGAGAUUUGCACAGCGUGCAAAGUCCAUAAAAAAUAAAGCAGUCGUGAACGAAGUAAUGCAGGAGGAUGUGAAAUUUUUGCGCGAGGUGAUAAGGCAAUUAAAGGACGAGCUACUUCGAAUGAAGGCAAGUGGAAAUAACCCAAGUGACUCAAAACAUUACCUAACGGGAAAGGAUGUUAGGAGGAGUUUGCAUCUUCUGAAAUUGAGUCUCCACCACCCAAUGACAUUACCUCAUGCUGAUGAUGAUAGUGAUGAGGAGAUGGAAAUAGAUGAAGAGGCAGUUGAGAGGCUCUGUCAUCAAGUGGGCUUGCAGUCAUCUAGUUGUGGAGAUAUUGAAGGAGUUUCUGAACAACCUGAUGUGGAGAACCUUGGAGAUCAUAAUAUAGAAACCUCAGAGAGCAACUCCUCCAAGCAUCUAUUUGAGGGGGAAAAGUUGAACUCCUUGGAUGUCAAAAUGGAUGAACAACCUGACGUGGAGAACCUUGGAGAUCAUAAUAUAGAAACCUCGGAGAGCAACUCCUCCAAGCAUCUAUUUGAGGGAGAAAAGUUGAACUCCUUGGAUGUCAAAAUGGAUGAUGGAGAAGCAGCGGCUGUUUCUCUGAACAGUUCAACGAAUUGUCUCUCCCCAUCUGGCCUUAAUGUCGCUGUUAGUGAGACAUCCCCUCUUAAGUCUCCCACUCCGAGCGUUUCUCCUAGAAUCACGAAUGCAAGCAGAAAAAGUCUCAGGACUUCGUCCAUGUUGACUGCAUCACAAAAGAAUUUGGGAAAUGACACUUCCAUGGAGCAAGGAGGUUUGCGCAUUUCUUCUCUAAAAUCAUUAAAUAAGAGCUCAUCACAUCACCUGCCUACGCAGAAGAGCAGUAGCUACCUUAUACCUACUGAACACUUGGCAGCAAGCCUCCAACGUGGUCUUGAAAUAAUGGAACGCAAGAGUUCAGCUCUGAGAAGGUCGUCAUUCAGAUUUUCAUAUAAACCUGCAGAAUCUAAGUCAAUUAUUCCUGUUAUUAAAGUCGACACAGGAGUGCAAGUUUCAUUGGAAGACAACCCAAUGGUUGUCGAAGCUCCAAUGGAUUACUUGUGCAGUAAUUGUAGAGCCAGAACACAGACAGAUAUUAAAGAUGUCGAAGGGUGCAACCUGCAGAUGGUGCCAGUUGGUGAGUCAGAGUCCAGUGAGAAAUCAAAGAAGCAAGUUCCCAAGGCAGUGGAAAAAGUCUUGGCAGGAUCUUUCAGGAGGGAAAUGGCACUAGAAGAAUUUUGUGCGAAACAAGCAGCAGAGAUAAUGCAGCUUGACCGCUUGGUACAACAAUUCAAACAUGAAAGAGAAUGUAAUGCUAUAAUAGCACAGACAAAGGAGGAUAAAAUACUUCGUCUUGAGAGCCUCAUGGAUGGUGUUAUGCCAACUGAAGAGUUUAUGGGGGAAGAAUUUGCCUCUCUUAAUCACGAGUACAAGCUUCUGAAGGAGAAAUAUGAAAACCAUCCUGAAGUUUUGCAGUCACAGAUUGAGCUAAAAAGACUGCAGGAUGAACUGGAGCAAUAUCAAAACUUCUAUAAUAAUGGGGAAAGGGAAGUACUGCUGGAAGAGAUUCAAGACUUAAGAAGCCAACUCCAGUAUUAUAUGGAUGCUUCCACUUCAUUGUGUACGAAACGCAGUCCACCACUGCUAUUGGAUUAUCCAUGUGGACCCAGUUCGGCUCCACCGUUAAGCACAGUCCCAGAGUCCAAUGAAGAAAGUGCCGAAGAGAAAUUUGAACAAGAGAGAAAUCGUUGGACUGAAGCAGAGAGCAAAUGGAUAUCACUCACUGAAGAGUUGAGGAUGGAGCUCGAAGCUAGCAGGUCACAAGCUGAAAAGUGGCAGCAGGCAUACGUUGGUGAGAAAAAGUGUGCAGAAGAGUUGAACGAAGCAAUGCAGUUGGCUAUGGAAGGGCAUGCGAGGAUGCUUGAACAGUAUGCCGAUUUUGAAGAGAAACAUAUUCAGUUACUUGCAAGGCAUAGAAGAAUGCAGGAUGGUAUAGAGGACGUGAAGAAGGCAGCUGCUAAGGCCGGUGUGCGAGGUGCUGAAUCUAAGUUUAUAAAUGCCCUUGCUACAGAAAUAUCAGCUCUGAAAGUGGAGAGAGAGAAAGAGAGGAGAUACAUGAGGGAUGAGAACAGAGAACUUAAAUCUCAACUGCAGGAUACUGCUGAGGCUGUGCAGGCGGCAGGUGAAUUACUCGUGAGGCUUAAAGAAGCAGAAGAAGCUGUUACUGCAGCCCAGAAACGAGCUAUGGAGGCCGAGCAAGAAACUCAGAAGGCUCACCAAGAGAUGGAUAAGUUGAAAAAAGAGCACCAAACUGAGAUACAGACUGUGAACCGCCUCCUGGCAGAGUCUCGAUUGCCCAAUGAUGAGGCAUGCGGAGCUGCUGCUGAUCAUAUCACUGUGGCCAAAUACGACAACUGCGACCCCCAAAAUGCAGAUGACCAGCAUUGGAAAGAAGAAUUCAAAGAGUUCUACAGUGGUGAAGACGGUGAGUUGUCUAGACUUGUGGAGCCUAAAUCAUGGUUUAUGGGAUACGAUAGUUGCAAUAUAUAGAGGAGAUAAAUGUAAUUGCAGAGUCAUGUAUGUAUGUAUGUUUACAUGGGCCCCUCGUGGCAGCUUCUUCUAGUCAACCCUUUUUCUCAUCGAUUGUGAGGACCAGUGUCUUGGUUCUCUUUAUAAGCUUUGUAUCAAAAUGUUGGAUUUUCACUUCCCAACUUUUACAUAUAAAGUGACAUGGCUUCAUUCUUUUAUUGAAAAGUGUCUUCGGUAGGUA